CUGAAAAAAAAAAAAAAAAAAAAGAUUUGUGGAAACUAGGAUCUUCCUGGUAAAGGAGUCACUUAAUGAAUGGUUUUCUCUCAAAGGAAGUUUUGGCAGGAAGCCUUUGGCCAGCUCACUGGGAAAUGGAAGCUGCCUUUGUUACCAGAAAUACAGUUUGGCCACAAAGGGAACAGUUUCUAGAUUGCUGCGCUGCUAGAAGAUUUGAAGAGCAGCGCUGGAUUACUUGGACAGUUUACCUGAAUGAAGUAUAUAAACUUUCAUCAGUCAAGCUUCUUAUCCUACAUUGGAUGGGUAUGUUGGAAAGAAAGUUGAAAGGGCUGAAAACAAAAGAGAUGACUUCAGACCUGAAAUUUUCAUCCUCAUUGACUGAUCAUCUAAAAUUUUCAUUAAGGAGAACCCCAUACAUGGAGGAAGAGUAUUGCCAGCAUGAGUGAACAAGGUUAUGUUGUGGCUCCUCCGUAUUCCCAAUCCCAGCCAAGAGUGGGAGACUUUUCUAAAAGUUUUGGACCACCUAAUUCUUCACUUUGGUAUGGGCAUUAUGACAGUCCCAACUCCUCAUACGCAGCGCCUCAACCAGGUCCUGGCACUACUCCGAGCUCUCACAUAUCUUCCGGGCAUCCAGCAUCUUUUCAGGGUCCACAGCCAACACCUCUGACACAGCAGCAAAUGGCUUUGCCACCUGGUUCCUCCACCAGCAAAUAAUUUCAGUGGCCUUAGUGAUUAACCUUCAUUGCCUACUAUGGCCAGACAAGAUGGGAUCCCUGGAUCUGGCCCCCGGAAUCCUAACUUGCAACAGCUUCCAGGACAGCCUCCAGGGCCUGGAUAUCAUCCUCAGCAAGCGAUGGCAGGAUCUCAUCUGUCUUACCCUAGUGCCUUUCCUGGAGGUCCAGCACAGCUCUCAGGUCCACAGCAGACGAAGCUUGAUCCUGACUCUGUUUCAAGCCCAGAUAACAAGCCUCCAAAUCCACCAGCUUAUAUCUUCGUGAUUGAUGUAUCAUACAGAAAUAUAAACAGUGGCCUAGUUGAACUCUUCAGUGAGGAAAGGAAGACUCUGCUAGAUAAGCUUCCAAGAGAAGAGCAAGAAGAAUCCUCAGCAAUUCGAGUUGGUUUUGUCACUUAUAACAAGGCCAUCCACUUCUUUAAAGUAAAAAGCAACUUAGCUCAGCCUCAGAUGAUGGUGGUCUCAGGUGUUGGAGAAGUUUUUGUUCCUUUGCUGGAUGGUUUCCGUGUUAGCUUUCAGGAAUCACGAUCUGUUGUUAACAACUUGUUGGACCAGAUUCCAGAGAUGUUUGCAGACACUAAUGAGAGCAUAUGCAUUUUAGACACGUUAAUUAAUGUCAAUAUGAUGUCUUUGCAACAGGCUGCAGAAUGUGCUGGAAAAUUGUUUAUCUUCUAUUCUUCAUUGCCAACUGCGGAAGCACCAGGGAAGCUGAGAAACAGAGAUGACAAAAGACUACUCAAUACAGAUAAAGAAAAGACACUCUUCCAGCCUCAAGUAAAUUAUUACAAGACUUUAGCCAGGGAUAGCGUGGCUAAAGGCUGCUGCGUGAAUUUGUUCCUCUUCCCGAAGCAGUACGUGGACAUAGCCUCCCUGGGUCUUGUCACAAUGUACGCUGGAGGAACAUUGUACAACAAUUUCCAGCGCGAUAGCCCCCAGAUCCUCACCGACCUCAGGAAGGACAUAGAAAAAAAGACCAGCUUAGAUGCAAUAAUGAGGGUUUAGACAAGUACAGGCUUUAGGGCUACUGGCUUCUUUGGUGCCAUUUACAUGAACACCACAGAUGUAAAAAUGGCAGCAGUUGACUGUGACAAGGCAGUGACGGUAGAGUUCAAACAUGAUGACAAACUGAAUGAAGACAGCAGCACCUUAAUUCAGUGUGCUCUACACAUCAAUAAGUGGACAAGAAGACUGCGCGUACACAAUAUCCGUUUAAACUGUAGCUCCCAGUUAGCUGACGUCUACAAGCCUUGCGAGACUGACGCACUUAUCAACUUCUUUGCUAAGUCAGCUUUUAAAGCUGUUCUAAGCCAACCUCUGAAGGUGGUCAGAGAGAUCCUGGUCAAUCAGACGGCUCACAUGCUGGCAUGUUGCCACAAGAACUGUGCCAGCCCAUCGGCAGUAAGCCAAGUAAGGACCAACCUGCAUAAGUCAGGCUGUUGCAGCAGAGGAACAACCACCCCUGUAAUGUCAGCAGUGCCAGAAAGGGAAAUUUGAGGACAUGCUUCUCAUUUUUUCAUCUUCUUUCAAGUCUAAUUAAUGGCAGGUUUGAUUCGAUGGUAGCAAUUGCAGCAUGUGGAGGCUGUUGUUCUGGGACAAAUAGCAGUGCCGUUGAGGAAGCUGAUUAUCAUGCUCAUACCAGACCCAUAAGACAGCUGGUUUUCUUCCUGCUGAAAUUAUGUACUAAUUCACAAAAGUUGUCACUUUUUUUUCUUCUUACAUUGUUUAAAACGUUAGUAUUUUGAUUUUUGACAACAGUCUUAAUUGUCAAAGCCGAAAAUGUGAGAAACACUCUGUAGCCAGUAACGUAGGCUCAGGUGAGGAUCUCAGCUGAGAGAGGGCUGAAAGAAUUUUGGUAGAUAAGAUAGGCUAAUGAGCAUGUGAAAGGAAGCCAAAAGAAUUUUAGUAAAUAAGACAGGUAAGGGAUGUGUACUAUAUCUUCCGCUACCUGUUGUGUAAAGAAACUGAGGCAAAAAACUCUGGGAUUCCUCACGAGACACAGUCUCUGAUAGAAAACAGGAAACUGAAACCAAAUCUGCAGUUUAAGCAGAAGCUGAGAAGCUUAUGAGUCUAUGCUGAGAUGAGAAGUCAACCAGCAGUGAUGAGGAAGACUCAGUAAUCUUCAUCUCCACGACCCAGAGCAACCACUACCAGAAAACACUGUGCAAGCGUGGAUAGGAGGAAUCUAUGAAAAUGACUCCCUGGAAUUAAUUUUAAUACAAAGUGGGGAUAGGUCAUGCAUAUGUAUAGGCAUCUCGAGAAAGUUCAUGCAUAUGUAACUCUUCACCACCUAUAACCAAGGCACGUGCUGCGCUGGGGUGCACACGACUUUGGUGGGACUACCCACCGUGCCGCCCGGCGCUGAAUAAACACACCUACUUUGAUUGUGGAGUUUGCUUUCUGCACGUCACAGACACUUUUUAAUUUUUCCUUUUGCAGAGUCUUGCUAUAGACAAAAUUGUCUCCUUUUGCUUACUAAUGACAAUUCUUAAAAUUAUUUUGUGACAGUAAAAUUCUUAAGCAUGUAGCUGCAAAAAAUGCUCUAUAGCACCCUGGUAAAUACAAAAGCACUCUUGUUUUGUUUUUUACAGAAAAUGAACCUUAUAUGCAUCAACCCUUCAAAUGUUAUAAAUUUAUGGGCAAAUUUAUGUUUUUAAUUACUACUAGGGUGCUUUGGUAUUCAGUUUGUAUUAAGCUCUUUUUACCAUUUUGGUUAAAAAAAAAAAAAAAAAAAAAAGGAUAAUCAAAUCUGAUCCCUGAUUACGAACGCUUCCGAAUACUUGUAGAAAAAGCUAAAGAAAAAGCUACCCAAAGCUUCCUGUGUCCUAAUCUCUAACCAAUAAUGCUCCAUAGGCAUUAACAACUCCCAUUUGCCAUAUAUGCCUUCCUUAAAUGCUUAUGCCUCAGCAUGUCUUGCUUUUUAAUAGUAGUCUUAUCUUCUUGUACAUUCUCUGCAGCCUUUGGGAUUUCUAAAUGCUGGUUAGAAAUUGGACACAUCAUCAUUAAAACUGGAAUCAUUCAUGGG